UGACUCUUGAAUCCUCCACAUCACCUCGAUGCAUCCUCCUUCGGCCUAACCCUAGAAUCUCCAGCCCUCUUCCCCCCCUUUCGAACUUCUCCCGAACGGUGGGCCUUUUCACCUCCUUACUUCAACACGCCGUGGCAGAGAACGAUGGUGGUUGCGUCCAACGAUGCCAAUAACCCUGGGUCUGGGUCGCCCGACGGGCUUCUCGACGAGAAGCGCUCCUCCCAUACCGCUGAUACUCUCCAAGACGCUACUCAGCCCCCCGCUGCCAAUGACCUCCAGGAUUCGAGUAACGAGAAGCGCCCCCGACGCAACACCAACACUGACAAUGUCACUAUCCCGGAUAGCAAUUACCUCAUGCCUCCCGCGGAGGAUGCCCUCAGGUCUCCUGGCAGCUCCCGUAUCGAGACCCACCGCUUGAACGACGACCUCGAAUUGUUGCGUGCUGAGCAGAUCGUCUCGGAGAAUGAGCUGUCCCACUCGCGGAGUAAGAGACACGAGCAAAAUGACCUGGAGGACAUCUUCGCCACCGGGGCCGUUGUUCCGACAGACGAGGAAGAGGAACGCCCGCGUCCUGAAAAGAAGGCCGGCCUCGUCGGAUACUUCUUCCGCCGUUGGUUAAAGAAGCUCCCCCGGAGUUUCCGCUACUUCCUCUACCUCUUGCCCGGCGCCGCUCUCUUUCUCAUCCCUAUCCUCAUGGGCCACUACUUCGAUAAUGCCCCGCUGGUUGGUGGCAGGGAUGGUGUGGCCCUCAUGUGGUUCGGCAUCUGGCUGAUGGUCGUCUGGUGCACCCUCUGGGGUUCUCGCAUGCUCACGAGCUUGAUGCCCUCCGCGUUUGGCGCCUUUGCAACUUUGUUCGGUUCCACGAAUCAUAAGAAGUGGAAAGACGUCGGUCGGAACCUCGAGUUGCAUACCGGCCUCUUCAUCUGGUUGCUCAUCGUGCUCGUCACGUUUCAACCCAUCAACAACAUUGGCCGUAGGGACCCGGACAUCUUCGUGCAGUGGAUGGACAUCGUUAAUAAGGUCAUCAUUGCCCUGUUCGUCCUGGCCACCCUAAACUUCGCCGAGAAGAUCGGCAUCCAGCGGAUUGCCACCACCUUCCACCAGCGCACCUACGCCCAGCGCAUUGAGAUGAACAAGAGUAACAUCAACCACCUUGUUCACCUCUACGCCUACGCCAGGGAACGCAUCGCCCACGAAGAUCCCAUCUGGGACACCACCGACAACGCCAUCGACCCCGCCCAAACCCGCACCCCCAGGGCUGCCCUCCAAGCCGUCCGUCAGGUCUUCAACAAGGCCGGCCUCGUCGCGAACCGCGUCGGCAACGACUUCAUCGGCCGCAAGACCACCUUUAACCACGACAAGAACAUCGUCACCGAACUUCUCCGCACCACCUCCUCGUCUCACACCCUCGCUCGCCUCAUCUUCCGCUCCCUCGCGAACGCCGACCACGACACCAUCUACCCGGACGACUUGGCAGCCGCCUUCGCCACCGUCGAAGAGGCCGAACAUGCCUUUAGCAUUUUCGACAAGGACUACAACGGCGACAUCAGCAUGGAGGAGAUGGAGAUUGUCGUCAACGAAAUCCAUCUCGAGCGCAAGGCCAUCGCCGCCUCGCUCAAGGACCUCGACUCGGUCAUCAAGAAGCUCGAUAAGGUCUUUCUUUUUAUCAUUUUUAUCGUCGCCAUCAUCGUCUUCAUCGCCAUCCUCUCCGGCUCGGCCGCCGCCGGCCUCGCCUCCGCCGGUUCCGCCGUUCUCGGUCUCGCCUGGGUGUUGCAGGCCACCGCCCAGGAGUUCCUGCAGUCCAUCAUCUUCGUCUUCGUCAAGCACCCCUUCGACGUCGGCGAUCGUGUCACCAUCUACGGUAGCACUGGUGUCGGGCUCCAGGGGGACGACUACUACGUCACCGAGAUCUCUCUCCUCUAUACCGAGUUCAAGAAGAUGGAGGGCCACAUCGUCCAGGCCCCGAACUCGGUCCUCAACAACCUCUUCAUCCUCAACCAGCGCCGCUCGGCCGGGCUGGCCGACGUCGUCGAGCUGAACCUCGGCUUCGCCACCCCUCCCGAGAGCAUCGAGAUGCUCAAGGACCGCAUGCUCCAGUACUGUCUCGCCAACAAGCGCGACUACCAGCACCGCGUCCUCACCGAAGUCCGCACCCUCAACAACGUCCAGUCCUUCACCAUGAACUUCAUCUUCUUCCACAAGUCGAAUUACCAAAACGAGCUCCUGCGCUUGACCAGGCACAACAAGUUCGUCGCUCAGCUCAUGGCCGAGAUUCGCGCUCUCGGCAUGCAGGGACCGUGGCAGGUCCAACCCGGUGGCUCGCGGGAUUACCCUGUCCACUGGGCUUCCGCGAUGCCGCCUCCGUCUUACGACGCCUCUGGUCGAACGGACGGCAACUACCCCGCCCCCGCCCCGGCCCCGGCCCCGGCCCCGGUCCCUGCCCCUGCCGCGCCGGCGACGGCGCCUCUGCGCUCGGGUAGCACCGGCAUCCCACCCGGCUCGAGACCACCCAACAACAACGAGCCAGCGGCGCGCCAAAUUCCCGUCAUCGACGCGAACAUCUCCGACUUCCAGGACGUCUUCGAAAGCCGCAAGCCGGAUCGCACGCCGCAACUAUCUCGCCUGCAAAGCAUUCGGGAACACACAAGGAUGGGGCACAUCGGUCGUACCAGCGGAGAGUCUAGUAGUCUCAGGCAAACGGAUAGCCGAGCCGCUGCCACCGGAGCGUCGGCCCAUCGCCCAAGUACCGACUCGGCAUCUCACCGCCGUCCCAUGUUCGGUGGAAGGCCUCGCAGCCAAAGUCAGGCCAGGCCAGGGGAUUUUGUGUGAGAUGCGAGGGGACGGCAAAAGGGACGGCAAAAGGAAGAAGGUGACGGGUUAAUCGAGCAAAACGGGUCAGGACCGUCAGGAAUGUUGACUCGUCCGAGCGGGAAAUGGAGAGCAAGUGAGAGCAAUUCGCUCUGUCGUGCCUCGGUUGGAUACCUGAAACCUCACCAGUCAAGACCAAGUCGGUCAAAGUCACCGCGCCACAACAG